AGGAUGGAACAACACAAAUAAUCACAGAUCCAAUACAAAUUAAAGAUAAAGUAAAAGAACAUUUGUAUCAAUGGACAAAGGGAACGCAAAUAGACACAUCAAUAAAAAACACUUGUUGGGAAAAUAGAUAUAAACCAAUACCAUCAAUUAAUAAAGAAAUAUAUGAUCCUUUGAUAGAGGAAGUAGGGAAAGAUGAAAUACUAAGAACAAUUAAGCUAAUGAAUAACAACAAAGCACCGGGACCGUCGCUGAUACCAUAUGAAAUCUUCAAACACUUAGAUGAAAAUGGUCUGGAAAUGAUAGGCAAACUAUUCAAUAAUAUUAUAAAAACUGGUCAG